AUGCUUGCACGUCACCUAUUCUCAAAGAAUAUCGAUCAUUCGGUGAGGCGGCGAUUAGCCAUACAACAAUUUGUCCGUUGCUACACUAAUGGUAAUCAAAACUUCAAUUACAAUCACAAUUACAAUACCAACAAGACAUAUGCCAACUAUAACCCACCAAAAACUUCACUCGCUAAAAAGUUUCUUUACGCCACCGUGGGUCUUACAUUAUUUACAGGAUACGCAUACUAUAUGUGGUGGCCAAAGCACACGUUCCCAUCAAGCGUAGCCAAGAUUUUGCGAAAGGGUCUUUGGGCAGAAAGCGACAAGGGUGAAUUUGACUACCAACUAGCAUUGAAAUAUUAUCUCGAGGCAUUAGAGCACUGCAAGGAAAUAGGUGUUGAUUCAUUAAGCGAUGAGUAUACUGGAAUCCAGUUAAAGAUUGCAGAGAUGUUUGAACGUUUGAAUAUGUUGAAUGAUGCUGCGUUUGUUUACAAUGAAAUUGCCACCAUGUAUUUGAGUGUCCUCACUGCUAAGAAUGGCAGCUCUGGUGCUGAUGAUGAUGCUGAUGCCGGUGCAAGUGGUGUCACUGGUUCUGAUAAAUACAAGAACCGUAUCAAAGGAAGAGAGCAUAGGCGACACCUUAUACAAAAAGAUUUGCGGAUCGCCAUUAAGUUGGUUGAAUUGAAUAGCGGUAACCCGCAACUAUGCAAGGCCAUCUUGGUCACUCAUUUAGUCAUUGCUCAGGAUGAAGUCAAUAAGCUUUUGGGUGAUAGAAACGAAUUGAAACUCAUCACUAGUGCUCCUGAAGUUGGAGGUGGUGCUGGUGCGCAAAACUAUACGGCAGUAUUGGACAAUGAUGCUAUAUUGAUCAAUGACCAACAAGGUAAGGAAAUAGCAAGGAUCAAAAAGAGACCUGAGGUGUGGGAACCAUUCACUGAUGAGUUCUUUAAUGCCAUGGACUUACUCAGUGCUAUAUGCAUAAAUACUGGCGACCUUGCCAUGGCUAGCAAAGUCAAAAUAGUCAUGACUGAGAACAUGCUUCUUGCUGAUGUUGCGCCAAGCAAGAUGCUCUUAUCGCAAUGUAAUUUAGGCUCAUUGCUUUAUAUGCAAGCUGAGGAGUUGGAGGCAAGGGAAAUUGCGAUGAAGAGACAGUUUGCCAAUGUUGCUGGUGUAGACUAUGAACAAAUUAAGAAAAGUCAGGACUUGGCAGAAAAUACUAAAGUUCAAGAAAAAUUAAAAGAAAAAAUUCCGGCUGCUGAUCAAGCUGAGUUUGACAAGAUUGCAACAACAAGAGAUGUUUGUCUCAAAUUGGCAACCAAAUCAUAUGAUGCGGUCCUACAAUUUGCCAAAUCGAUCCCGCCGGAGAUUGUUAAAGAACACAAUGAGAUUAAUGAAACUGUAGCUUUGGCAACGUAUGGCUUGGGUGUAAUCAAUUUGCACAUGUCUGAAUAUGACAAAGCAGAGAGGCUACUUCGAGAAUCGAGAGUUAGGUCUAAAGCAUGUGACUAUGAAUAUCUUAUUCCUGAAAUUGAGCGUGAAUUGGGCAAAUUGUUCAAGGAAAGAAAGUUAGUGCAGCUGGGUAAGAAAGUUGAAAAGGAUGGUCCAAAAUCCAUAGAAUUAGAUAUUCAAUUGAACUAA